AUGUCGCUUUUCAAAAAUUUCAAUACCCAUACAUUAAGAUCAACACGAGGAUUCAAAUUAAAACAAAACUCCCCGAUAUCAUCCCCUCAACAACAACACGCAAGUUCAGCCUUACCAGAACUCAUCAACAAUCCCUAUCAAACCAUCAACCUUGGCCAUGACGCAAAUACUACCACAAAUCAAGAUCAAACCCAACCGCAAAUAUCAAAUCAUCAAGAACUCCGAAACUAUGCUGAACAAACCUUAGGUUCAUCCAAUGCCUUAAUCCAAGCCGUGAAACUCCCCAUAGAUGAGGAUGUCAAUGAAUGGCUCGCAAUCCAUGUUGUUGACUUUUAUAAUCAGAUAAAUAUGCUCUAUGGCGCCAUUACUGAAUUUUGUUCCCCCUUGACCUGUCCCAGGAUGAUUGCGACUGAAGAAUAUGAAUAUCUUUGGCAAGAACAACAAUCACAACAGGAUGCAAGUAGUUCUAGUCCUAAGAGACCAAUCUCGUUGCCUGCUUGUGAAUAUAUUGAGAAUUUGAUGAAUUGGGUUCAGGGGUUCUUUGAUAAUGAGAAUAUAUUUCCUCUGAAAACUGGUGCUCCAUUUCCUCAACAGUUCCCACAAUUAGUUAAAACUAUAUUUAAGAGGUUGUUUAGAGUAUAUGCUCAUAUAUAUUGUCAUCAUUUUCAUGAGAUUAGUGAAUUGGGAUUACAGAGUCAUUUGAAUACUAGUUUGAAACAUUAUGUGUUGUUUGCUAAUGAAUUUCAAUUAAUAAGUCAGAAAGAUUAUGGUCCGUUGGAAGAUUUAGUUGAUACUAUGUUAAAGAAGUAG